CUGUUCACCUUAACUGACAUACUGAUUGGCUUUGUAUUUAUGUCAGAGUAUUUCCUUAGUUUGUUUCAACAGGGUUGAAGUUUGAGUUAUCCUCAAAUGUUGUAUGACAUGUUAUUUCAAAUUCUACAAUAUUAACUAAAAAUUUGCUGAGACCAGUCUGCCAGUUAUUCAUUGAGUGAAAUAAGCUCCCCUGCAUGACAGCCUUGGAUAAGAAAGCAAUGGCACAACAGGAGGCAUAUGCAAACUUGAACAAUAUCAAAGAAGAUAGAACAGUGGUUGUGCGUAGGUAUACUCCUUCGGAUCGUAAAGAAGUCCUGCGCAUCUUCCGUGAGGGUAUGACAGAAAUGGUGACUGACACUGCUUUCCGUGGCUUGCUGUAUCACCCGGAAAGUCAGCUUCUGUACACUGCUAUAUCAGUGACAUUCUAUGUGUUCACUGGAUCAGUAUGGCUGGUCUGUUGCAUACUGCCACUAGUAUUGGGUGUGCGCUACUACUACAGUCAGAAAGUGGUGAAUGGGUACCUGGAACGGGCGCAGGACAUACAUGACAUUGACCAGUACUACAUGGAAUCCUCCGAGCACCAUCUCUGGGUUGCGGAGAUCGGCAGGACAGUGGUUGGGCUGGUUGCAGUCCACUGUCUCCAGGAUGGCAAUAUGGAGCUGGAUCGCAUGUCUGUGGAUCGCCGCUUUAGGCGACAGCAGGUUGGGGUUGCACUUGGCCAGCAGGUCCUCAGGUUUACCCGUCUGCGUGCCCACUCCUCUUCCUCAGUGGUCCUGGGCACCACAGCAUACACGGCGGCACCGCACCGCCUUUACCAAAGCCUGGGCUUCCGCUGUGUAGGCAUCACCAAUGGAUUCUGCACACCAGGCACUGAGCAGUCCCUCUUGGAACGAGCAUUCUACAGAGUACGCCACCACCACUACAAGCUGGACUUACAAUAGUCACAGACUACACCAUGGUGCAUUAACGCGGAAUGAGCAAGAGAUUCAUGUUAAGGGAUGAGUAGAGUGAUGUUUAGAUAUGGUGAUGGUGAAGAAAAUUAGAUGUUCAAUAUUUCUAAAUUGGAUUUAAUUGAAUAAGCAUCCUCUACCAGGGGUCUAGAAAGAAUAAUACAGAUAAUUGCAAAAACUAAAUACCAUUGUUUGUGGCAUCAGCUUUCACUAUGCAAUGCAAUAGAUAUCUGAUAUUAGAUCUGGGGAUUGUUUAAAAGUGGUCCGUGGAUCUUCUGGCCAAUCGAUUUUCGUUUCAUGAAUGAGAAUGGAUAAACAAAAAAUAAAGAAUAUUUCAGUUUUUAAUUAGACAAUAGAAAAACGGAAAACGCCGAUCUAGUCGUUUUCUGUUUUCAUCAGUAUUUUCCAUACAUGGAAUUACAGACAACAAAAAAUGGUCCGUGAUUUUGUUGUUAAGCAUUAUUGUUUUUUUUCCAUUUUUUUUUUUUUGUGAUGGACUGGGUAGGUGGUGCAACACAGGAAGUUAAACUGUAUGUUAUCAUGAUUGUAGCAAGUUAACAUGACCGAUCAUGUUCACUGCCUGCUCGUCAGGCUGUCUGUGGCCUAGUCUAUUCUGUAGCAAAGAUCGUAUAGUUACUUAUAGCUUUAUAAACCGUCUCUGUCUGUAGCCUACAUUGUGGAAGCAUUGCUGAUCUAAAAAGAUAUAAAUAUAAAAGCAACGGAUAUAGGCGCCAACACCCAAUCAGGACGCACUGAGCUCAGGUGGUAUGAGGUGAGCUCAGAGUGGUAGCAUCAGAGCAACUGAUGAAAGGCUGACCCGGUAACCUUUUGUACAACACAAGACAUGACUACAGCAUGUCUCUAUAGCAUGUGUCGUGAUUUAUGAGGGUCUCUGACCUUCAUCAUACAUGAACAUACCACACUCGUAGAAUGUGUCUAACUUGUAGUUGAGUUUCUCUUUUUCAUGUUUGGAGUGCAUUCCUAUAAUGGAAUGGAAACUAGAUCUUUUAACCUGCGCUUCCUCUUGGCAGCACCACGCCCUUUGUCCUACUGAUUCGAUCACAACUGACUAAGAAAGUCUGAAGCCAGCUGUUGCAGCCUGAUAAGCGACCUCCUCCCAUUUCACCAUCUCAGGUUCAACAUAUAGACCCUCAACACUCUAGAGAGGGUGGAUGUUAUUCUGACAAUGGAUGUUAUGCUGACAGUGGCAUUACACAAACAUAACUCAAGCGUGACAAGCGUGACACCUCAAGCAUUUACAGGACUCAUGUGAAUUUGAGUGACUUAGAAACAUUUCUGCUCAUGACUUCAACAAAAAACAAUCAUGUUCCCAAGAAUAUUAUUCACAGUAGUCAUUCUACAAUAAAACAGUUCGUCAGCCCAACCACAGGGGUUUUGAUCAGUCUCAUCAGUCUUUGAUUAGAUAUAUUCACGUUACAACAUGUUUCUUUAUUGACCUUUGCCAUGAAGGGCUCAAUCCUGUCUGUCCAUUCUAUUAAGGCACAAGUCUGGUUGUACUUUCUCUGAAUCAUCAGAGUGCCUUGAGUAUUGAAGUUUUUGAGUUUUGUGUCCCUGGUGGUCUUUCCAAUGAUAUACAGUAAGCACCAAAUUAUAGAAUAUUGACCAUAUCCCUACCAUGAGCCUAAACCAGAUGCACAUUUCAUAAAUAGAAUGUAUAGGGGGUAACUUCAUGAGCUGAAUAAAACUGAAUUUGCUACCACUGUGAUUUUUGUACUGGGGGGGUCAGGACGAUUCCGAUUCUAAAGGCCCGGCACUGAAACGGGGUCCUUUAAGGGCUAUUAUUAUUGUCAAAAAACACACCCAUUCUCUGUUACAUUGCUCCGCUAUUAUUAGUUGCAUUGAGAUGGGAUCUCUAUUGCAUGAAAGAGCAGAAGUGGGGCUUUUCAACGAGACUAGGCACUUGUCUGUACG